CUCAAAAGUUUCAAACGUAUGUCAGCGCGCGGCGCCCAUCCGACUCUCGCGGGUAGCAACCACCAUCGACACAUCAAAGGGGACAACGGUGAGCAGUCUGACUGACUGCUUUCCUCCCACUCAUUGUCAGCUGGCAUCCGUUAACGCACAUUUCCACGCUUGACGCACGUUUACGCACAUUGUAGUUCACCCACCCAUCACACCAUUUUUUAUCAUAACAACACGCAUUUGUACAUUUAGACACCAUCAUGACUUCAGCCUCAGAAGAUUUGGACUCGACGGAAAACCAAAUAACUCAACUGAGGGAAGAAUUGCAGGCCACCAAGGAGGAGCUGGAGGACUCAAAGCGAAUGUUUGAUGAGUUCCAGCAGGACUCGAAAGAUCUCGAGGCGGAACUGGAGCGGGAAAUUGAAGAGUUGCGGAACGGAAAUGCCAAAUUGAGGAAGGAUUACGAGGAUCUCAAGAGCAAAUACGCAUCUCUUCAAGCACAGUCAAAUGCAAACAUCAAUGCCUUGCAACAGGAGUUGGAACAACUGCGGAAAACGGAUGCUGACUAUCGUGAGCGCAUCAGGAAUUUGGAGAUUCAAAACUCUGAUAUAGAGCAGUCCUUCAGGGUUACGUCCGCUUCAGCAGAUGAUUUUCAAUCAAAGUAUAAUCAAUUGAUGGAGCGUACGACUUUACUGGAGCACGAGCUUGAUGGAAAAGCGCAACUGGAAGAGGAAAAUCAGCGACUUCGGGACGAGCUUCGAGACACUUCUAUGGAGCUCUCCAUUUUGAAAGAGCGUGCAGGAGUAGCUACUCCUCCUGGUGAACUCCGGCAGAGGGAUAACACCGAAGCCGCGUCGGUACCAUUAGGCACCCCCGAUUUGCAAAGCACGCAGAUAAGGCGCCCCAUGACGCCCUCGUCACCAGUCCCGGCAAGUUCGCCCAAAAGGCCGGAUCCGGUGCCAGCAGAGACAAUGCGUAACCUUGAAGCUCUCGUUAGCCGCGCUAAGGCACUGGAAGAGCGCAUAUCAGCCGCUCGAAAUCGGUAUGUGGUGCCUCUGCUCAGGGGAUUAUGGCCAAAACAGGCCGGUGGACCAUCCAGUGAGCCAAUCCUUCAGACAAAAGCUGUGGAAUCCCUGGAUUUCACGUCGGAUGUGGUGGAGGCUUCGAACAACAGUGGGGCAGAAGAAACUGACUCGUCUGCAAUAUUGAAUGCAUCGAACGUUCCACAAAACAUAGAGACAGGUACCAUCCACGGUAAGCCUGCUGAAGAGAUUGUCGUAAGCGAAACGCCGAACCAGACAGAGGAAUUGGUUAAGACGGUCCAAAAUGAGAUGGGAUCGCCUCGUGCAACGCUAGUUAGUACUGUUGCGGCUCCAGAUACUGAAUCUGAUGAAGAUAUUGGCCCCGUUACUACGAAGAAGGACGCAAAGCCAGCCGAAGACACAGAUAUGAGGCAUGAUGCAAGUUUAAGCGCAGACAAUUUGAAUGACCACGCAGCUGUCGAUGACGAGGAAAAGGCCGAAUUGCCAGUAGAAAACAUCCCGUAUGCAGCCGACAAUUUGGACAGAGCAGAAAGGGACACAAAUCCAGACGACGAAAAUCUACAACUUGGCAAAACUGAAGUAUACGCAGAUAUGGAAUCUGAGCCAGCGGUGCAUUCCGGGGAUCCAACAUCAUAUGAAGCAGAAAUUACAGAACCUGAAGGCGCGACAGCAAUAGACGGCGACGACGUACCGCUUGACGACAGUGAAGAAAUUGUAGAAAAAGAAGCUGAUGCGACAGUGGAUCAUGGAAUUCCUGCACUCGUCGAAGCAGAAGAAAAUCUACCGGUCAUCGACAACUUGGCAAUACCGAUGAUUGCAGCUAAUGACAACGUGUUAGUGCACGUGGAAAAUCGAUAUGAGAAAGCGCCGGUGGAUGAUGAAUCUGUAUUGCCGCUUGUAAGAGAGAAGCCUGUACCUUACAGUGAGAAUUUGGAAAGUCUUGGAGGAGAGACAGCUACAGAUGACGCACCACUUAUUGACGGCGAACGAUCGGUAGACGAACAAGCUGAGGGAACGAUAGGAAUGAAUCAUGCCGUUCGAUCUGAGCCCCUUGGGGAUGGCAUGGUUGAUGCUUCCACUCGAGGGAUACCGGAUGAUGUGGCAUUAGGUGAAGAUGUUCCGACGAAGGAGAAAUUGAUCACAUCGCCAAUGGUGGACGUUACAGAGUAUGGACAACCAGAUUACUGCUCAUCAACGGCGGCUGAAUCAACUACGGACGAAGCAAAGCCCAAGGAUCUCUACGAUCAGCCCAUGGCAGAAGGUAGCAUCAGUCCAUCAUUAAAUCUAUUAGAUUCAGACGUUUCCUUCGAGGAGAAGACAUUGGAAGUUGCACAAACAGACGGCGAACCGUUGUUACACGAAAAUGCUGCAUCGAACAAAGCAGCUCUCAAUUCGGAACGACCAGUUGAAGUGGAUAGAGUUACCGAGGUGGAUACCGAACUCAGGCAAUCACUACCUCGCAAUGAAAGCGCGGAUGCUGCGACGUUCGAAUUGGGAGGAAGCUCGAAGAUACCGAGUGCUUUCGAUGGUACGGGGGUAAUCGAUGUCCCAUCUGGGGAGACUGUAAUCGAAGAUGGACCCGCUCAAGAGGUGCCCGAAAUAGCCCAUGCGCCAGAGUCGGUACCGAAAGAAAAACAGGACACUCUUCCCUGUAGGGAACCUGUGGCGUUCGACGAUAGUGUAUCACGGAUGGACAUUGGCUCCGAUAACGGAAGUCUCUCAGUGGAAAAUGAGUUAUCUGAGCUCGCGCACGAUAUUGAGCUGAUGGGUGGUAUAGUGAUUGAAGAACGCUUGUCGGUCCCCCGAGGUUUGGAUAGCACAGCUCUCCAUGACACCGAGUUACUGUUUGAGAGAUCGCCAAGCGUAGCCGAAGAUCUUGUCGUGUAUGAGCCUUUGGAAACAGAAAUAACUGAUACGCAAUCUUUGGAGAAAUCUCUCUGGGAGCUUCAAAACGCCCAAGUGGCUACGUCGAAAACGAUAGAUCAAACAGAGCUUCCAGAGUUUCUCGUGACUUUGCCCGCCGACAAUUCGCGGACAGAGAUACUUGUGGAUGAGCCACUUCCCCUCAUUCCCUCAGAAAUUCCAUGUUUGGACGGCGAACCAGGUGCUCCUCUGACUAAACCCGAACUUACCGCGAUCGCAUCCCAGACAGACGACCCACUCGGUGCUCAUAUCCUGGAAGAGCUCCCUGAUGUUGCAACGGAGAUUUCCCCGGAAGUCCUUUCUGUGGACGUCGAACACGCAAUAUCAGUUGCUGACACCGAGCCUGCAGACGCCCCAAAGCCAGAUGUCUUUGUAGAGAAUUUUGUCAAUCUGACGCAUGACCCGACCCUUCCCAAGCCUGCAGAAGGCGGACUCGGGUCGUCUGCUUGCGAGGACAAUGGUUGGGCCGAUUCAUCGUCGGAGGCGCAAAACAUUGCGCAGGAUCUUGGAACGGCCGACCAAGUAGCGAUGGGCGGUGCAGCAAAUCCAGAGCAGGACAGUAUAUUCCGCCAGAAUCCCCUAAGCAGCGAAGCUGGUGUCCAGGCAAUUGUAUCGCCUGAAUCACUUGAUGCAUUCGAAGGCGGUGAGACAACAACUGCGGAUACCGACGUAUCCAUGAAGGUAGCGACUGACCAAGAAACGGAAGGGGAAGCAGCCGAUCAGGUACCUGCUGACGAAGUGGACGAAGAGGACCACAGAAUACGGCGAAACUCAACCACGACAAGCCAAACAGUUGACCUACAGGAAGGCACAGAGACAUUCACCGAAGCACCCGCUGACCAUGCACGUGAUGGAAAGCAGAAUUCGGAAACCCUUUCUGCUCCCCAGAACAAGGUCGAUCUCCCAACUUCUGAAGCAGAAGUUUCAGCCGAGUCACUCGAUGAUGAACCCGUUUCUGAGGAUGAUGUCGAUCUCCCAGCUUCUGAGGCCGAAGUUCUAGCUGAGUCACUCGACAGUGAACCCGUUUUUAAGGAUGAAGCAGAAGGUCUCGCCGAGAAUCAGGUGGCCGAGUCACUCUAUAGUGAACCCGUUUCCGAGGAUGAGAUCAAUCUCCCAACUUCUGAAGCCGAAGUUCUAGCCGAGAAUCAGGUAGCCGAGCCACUCGAUAGUGAACCCCUUUUGGAGGAUGAGGUCGAUCUCUCCACAUCUAAAGCAGAAGCAGAAAUUCCAGACGAAAGCCAAGGUGGGAUGUCGUUCGAUAGUGAACCCGCCGAAGAAGUGACCCAGGAUGCCGAGGAUCUUGGUGAUGUGCCCUCCACGGAGGAUGAAUUGGAUGCACUAGAUACCACUUUGGAGGAACAUCCUGUCGUAGCGAUCGACAAGGUUUCUAAAUUGCAAAACGACGUGAACGACGAAACUACGGCGCCCGAGCAUUGCCAAGCCGCAGACUUCGCUGCUUCUACAGCGAAUCUUGAAACAGAUAUGCCGAUCAAUCCCGCCACGGAAGAGCCUCUUGCUCUUGAUACAUUUGUCGAGAAGGUCACCAAGCAUGAAGGAUCAAACGAUUUGAAAUCACCGAUUCAUGAAUCGUUCGAGCAACCGGAGCGGCCGAUUGAGGAGGAGGAGGAGGUCGUCCGAUCGGGCGAUCUUCUAUCCAACGCAAUAUCCAUCCCUGCACAAAAGGAAUUGGCAAAUGAACCACUACCCACCCAAUUAGAUCACAUCGUGUCAGAUCCCGAAAAUCAGUUGCAUGACGAGGGUCUGGGUCCCGAGGAAGGAAAUCCGCGAGAGGCCUCAGGUACCGAUAAAGACUCUGCAUCGGUGACGUCAGAGUCCAUCCAUGGCGACUUCGUAAAUGUUGAAAAUGUUGAAAAAGUACCCUUCCUGGAAACUUCAGAUGAAUGUACUGAUGGUUCUCGAGAACCAACUAAACUCUCUGCCAUGGAGGAGGAAGUGGGACAAAAUGAUCAGGUUGCCGUCAACCACGGUGGCAGAGGAAGUGCGUCUCUUGUAGAUGCGCUAAGGGACGGCGAGGAAGAACCCAUAGCGAAGGAGAAUCAUUCUCCAGUGUCAUGAUCCGCCUAUUACGGAGGAAAUACAGACAACAGCAGGUUGGCGCUGGCUCAUCCUGAAUAUACCCCCACAGACAAGGAUAGCCAGCACAGCACCCAUCUAUGAUGUUAGAUAUCCAUGUAUGUAGAGCUGUAGAUGCCAGUGGCCCCAGUCAUAUGUAUUUAAGUAGUACUGUCACGGAGAUAUCAAAAUAGACGAGUGUGUUAUGGUGGAACUUACGCAACUUGACAACCCCAAAAACAUUAACGAGACGCGCGACUAAGCAUAAGCUAUUGAAGCGCAC